AUGCAGUCUUCUCUCCUGACGACUGUAGAUUCAGUUUCAUUUCACCUGUACAUGACAAUCGAGUUAAGUACAGCAAAGUUUCUUUACUCAGUGAAUGCUUCAAAUAUCAGUCGCAAAAGCAUGAGUAAUAUCAGUAGCCCGGUCAUCAACUUUACUUGUCCUUUAUUUGAAACUCACUUGUUUUACAGAUCACCAAGCCACGAAGAAAAAAGUUUUUUACUUGCCAUGAUUGUCCUCAACGCUGUUAUGGCUGCUGUAACAAGCUGCAGUAAUGCUGUGGUUAUUUACACCAUUUCAAGAACGCCUUCUCUACAAACUCCUUCCAAUAUUCUCAUUCUUGGUCUUGCUAUUUCGGAUUUCUGUGUCGGCAUGUUCGUUCAGCCCAGUUACUGUGUCUUCAGAUACGCUGAGUACCGCCGCCAUAUUGAUAUGUUUUGUACGUGUAGUCAGGUGUAUCUUUAUUCCUGUGUGAUGCUUAUAGGCAUCUCUAUAGCUACCCUAACCUCUAUCACAGGAGAUCGAUUCCUAGCAGUCCAUCUGCACCUGCGCUACCGAGAACUCGUCACUAUCAAACGAUACGGAAUACUUCUUGCCAUAAUAUGGGCUUUUGGUGUCACUUUGACUAUCGUCACUUUAUUCAAGUUUGGAAAAGGUCUUAUUGCAGUAUACAUCCUUAUUUUCGUAGUCUUAUUUCUAAUGAAUGUAUACUUUAUUUGGAAGGUAUUUCGUGUCAUUCGCCGCCAUUCAGCACAGAUACAAGUUCAGCAACAAUCAGCUCUCCACUCCAUCAAAAGGCGCAAAAAAUCCGUUUACACGAUGUACAGUAUGAUUGCUGCUUUCCUGAUGUGCUAUAUCCCGUAUUUAGGCGCGUCGAUCGGGAAUAUAUUGAAUAAGAGGAUGACACAGGCUACCCGCAACGUCAUAAUCGUCACGGAGACUCUCAUCAUGUUCAAUUGCGUGUUGAACCCUAUCAUUUAUUGCUGGAGGAUCGAAGAUAUGAGGGAUGCUGUUUUUAAUCUUCUUAAGAAGUCGUCGCGACGAGAUAAGAAAAACCUCUCUGAACCACAAAAAACUACGUAG